AGGAUAUGCACAGAACAUAAAAUAAAACUGGAUGGAUUAUGUAAGAUGAAUUGAAGGAGAGAGACUGGAGCUGGAAUAGAAAAUUAACUGCUUUAGUUUUGAGAGACUACCUCAGAUCGGACCCAAAAGCGAGAUUUACUAUUAAUUUUGAAGUGGAAUAAGGCUAUGCAUUACCAACGUGGAUUCUAUUGUCAAAAUUCCUAUAGCCUUGACACAGGAAUAUAAGAGAGCCGGGGAUUAUGACAGUCACAGAGCCCCAGUAACACGAGUACCAUUCAGUUUUUUCUGAAAGAAUGCCAUCUAUUAAAGUGUAGCAGAGGAACUGUUGUGGAUUAUAAUAUGCUUUGAAGAUCUGGAUAUUCAGAGUUCUGAAAAUAAGGCAUUGUUUAACCUUUUAAAUGAAAACUAUCAGAAUCUCACGCAACUAUAGAAUUUUCUGGAAACCAUUCUCCAAAAGGGAAAUGCACAUUUGAAACUUCAAUACAAUGGUCCUUUCUGCAGGGAUUUAAGUCUACUUCUUUUUACAUCAUGACCAGCUUGAAACGGUCGCAGACGGAAAGGCCGGUCGCCACUGAGAGGGCCACUGUCGUUGGCCCAGAUGGUACUCCCAAGAUGCACACUGAUGACUUCUACAUGCGCCGCUUCCGAUCACAGAAUGGCAGCUUAGGCUCAUCAGUCAUGGCUCCUGUAGGGCCCCCCCGAACUGAAGGAUCUCACCAUAUAACCUCGACCCCUGGCGUCCCAAAGAUGGGAGUGAGGGCAAGGAUUGCAGAUUGGCCCCCAAGAAAGGAAAAUGUCAAAGACUCAAGCCGUUCAAGCCAGGAAAUAGAAACCUCAAGUUGCCUUGAGAGCAUGUCCUCCAAAAGCAGUCCCGUGAGUCAGGGAAGUUCUGUUAGCCUCAAUUCCAGUGACUCAGCCAUGCUAAAGAGCAUACAGAACACACUCAAAAGCAAAACUAGACCAUCGGAGAACAUGGACUCCAGAUUUCUCAUGCCCGAAGCCUAUCCCAGCUCCCCCAGAAAAGCUCUUCGGAGAAUACGGCAGAGGAGCAACAGCGAUAUCACCAUAAGUGAACUUGACGUGGAUAGUUUUGAUGAAUGUAUCUCACCCACAUACAAGACUGGGCCAUCACUGCACAGGGAAUAUGGUAGCACAUCUUCAAUCGAUAAACAGGGAACAUCCGGAGAAAGCUUCUUUGAUUUGUUAAAGGGCUACAAAGAUGACAGAUCUGAUCGUGGUCCCACUCCAACCAAGCUCAGUGACUUUCUCAUCGCAGGAGGGGCCAAAGGUUCUGGUUUUUCUUUGGAUGUUAUAGAUGGGCCCAUCUCACAGAGAGAUAACCUCAGGCUCUUUAAGGAAAGGGAAAAACCACUCAAGAGACGCUCCAAGUCUGAAACUGGAGAUUCCUCCAUUUUUCGUAAAUUACGCAAUGCCAAAGGUGAAGAACUUGGUAAAUCAUCUGAUCUUGAAGAUAAUCGAUCAGAAGACUCAAUCAGGCCCUGGACAUGUCCAAAGUGUUUUGCUCACUAUGAUGUCCAGAGUAUAUUAUUUGAUUUGAAUGAGGCGAUUAUGAACAGACACAACAAUGUAAUUAAGCGGAGAAACACCACCACAGGGGCUUCUGCAGCCGCUGUGGCAUCCUUGGUCUCAGGACCUUUGUCCCAUUCAGCCAGUUUUAGCUCUCCAAUGGGCAGCACCGAGGACCUGAAUUCAAAAGGAAGCCUCAGCAUGGACCAGGGAGAUGAUAAAAGCAAUGAACUUGUAAUGAGCUGUCCAUAUUUUCGGAAUGAAAUAGGUGGAGAAGGUGAAAGGAAAAUCAGUCUGUCAAAAUCAAAUUCAGGCUCCUUCAGUGGCUGUGAAAGUGCCUCCUUUGAGUCUACCCUCAGCUCCCAUUGCACAAAUGCGGGAGUGGCUGUACUUGAAGUGCCCAAGGAAAGCCUGGUCUUGCAUCUGGAUCGGGUGAAGAGAUACAUUGUGGAGCAUGUGGAUCUGGGUGCAUACUAUUAUAGGAAAUUCUUCUAUCAGAAGGAACACUGGAACUAUUUUGGGGCUGAUGAAAAUCUUGGUCCAGUGGCUGUGAGCAUUCGAAGGGAAAAACCAGAAGAAAUGAAGGAAAAUGGAUCUCCAUACAACUACCGAAUAAUUUUUAGAACCAGUGAGCUCAUGACCCUGAGAGGAUCAGUGCUGGAGGAUGCUGUGCCUUCAACAGCUAAACACUCAACCGCCAGAGGAUUGCCCCUGAAAGAGGUGUUGGAACAUGUGAUUCCGGAACUCAAUGUUCACUGCCUGCGCUUGGCCUUCAAUACACCCAAAGUUACAGAGCAGCUUAUGAAACUGGAUGAACAAGGGCUGAACUAUCAACAGAAAGUAGGAAUUAUGUACUGCAAAAACGGACAGAGCACAGAAGAAGAGAUGUACAACAAUGAAUCAGCUGGCCCUGCCUUUGAGGAAUUCCUUCAACUGUUGGGAGAGCGGGUUCGGCUCAAAGGAUUCGAGAAGUAUCGUGCACAGCUUGACACUAAAACUGACUCCACUGGAACUCAUUCUCUGUAUACAACCUAUAAGGACUAUGAAAUUAUGUUCCAUGUUUCCACCAUGCUGCCGUACACACCUAACAACAAACAACAGCUUCUUCGGAAGAGGCACAUUGGCAAUGAUAUCGUAACCAUCGUUUUCCAAGAGCCAGGAGCACAGCCAUUCAGCCCAAAAAACAUACGAUCUCACUUUCAACAUGUUUUCGUCAUUGUCAGGGUUCAUAACCCCUGCACAGACAGUGUUUGUUACAGUGUGGCUGUCACCAGGUCUAGAGAUGUGCCUUCUUUUGGACCCCCUAUUCCCAAAGGAGUCACUUUCCCUAAAUCAAAUGUGUUCAGGGACUUCUUAUUGGCCAAAGUCAUUAAUGCAGAAAAUGCUGCUCAUAAAUCAGAAAAGUUUCGAGCCAUGGCAACUCGGACCCGCCAAGAAUACCUGAAAGAUCUGGCAGAAAAGAAUGUCACCAAUACUCCUAUUGACCCAUCUGGAAAAUUCCCCUUUAUUUCUUUGGCCUCCAAGAAGAAGGAAAAGUCUAAGCCGUAUCCAGGAGCUGAACUCAGUAGCAUGGGGGCAAUUGUGUGGACAGUUCGGGCCAAAGACUACAACAAGGCUAUGGAAAUAGACUGUCUUUUGGGAAUCUCCAACGAGUUCAUAGUCCUCAUCGAACAGGAAACAAAGAGUGUGGUUUUCAACUGUUCCUGCAGAGAUGUGAUUGGGUGGACUUCAACUGAUACCAGUGUCAAAAUCUUCUAUGAGCGAGGAGAAUGCGUUUCAGUGGAAAGUUUCAUUAACAGCGAGGAUAUCAAAGAGAUUGUCAAAAGGUUGCAGUUCGUAUCAAAGGGUUGUGAAUCUGUGGAGAUGACUCUGCGAAGAAAUGGGCUAGGACAGCUUGGCUUCCAUGUCAACUACGAGGGCAUUGUGGCAGAUGUGGAGCCCUAUGGGUAUGCCUGGCAAGCAGGGCUGAGGCAAGGCAGCCGACUGGUAGAGAUCUGCAAGGUGGCAGUGGCUACCCUAAGUCACGAGCAGAUGAUAGAUCUCCUAAGAACAUCCGUCACGGUGAAGGUUGUCAUCAUCCCCCCUCAUGAUGACUGCACCCCAAGGAGGAGCUGCUCUGAAACCUACCGCAUGCCUGUGAUGGAGUACAAAAUGAAUGAAGGGGUUUCCUAUGAAUUCAAAUUUCCCUUCAGAAACAACAACAAAUGGCAGAGGAAUGCCGGCAAGGGGCCUCACCCACCUCAAGUCCCAUCACAAGUGCAGAGCCCUAUGACCACGAGGCUGAACACUGGGAAAGGGGAUGGAAAGAUGCCACCUCCAGAAAGAGCCAAUAUCCCUCGCAGCAUCUCCAGUGAUGGACGCCCCCUGGAGCGACGGCUAUCUCCUGGUUCGGACAUCUACGUGACAGUCUCAUCCAUGGCUUUAGCAAGAUCCCAACAGUGUCGUAACUCCCCUAGCAACUUGUCUUCAUCCAGUGAGACUGGCUCCGGUGGGGGCACUUAUAGGCAAAAAUCUAUGCCCGAAGGGUUUGGAGUAAGCCGCAGAUCCCCAGCCUCCAUUGACCGGCAGAACACACAGUCAGAUAUUGGUGGCAGUGGAAAAUCAACACCCAGCUGGCAAAGAAGUGAGGAAAGCAUUGCUGACCAGAUGGCUUACAGUUAUAGAGGACUUCAGGAUUUCAAUUCUUUUGUCCUCGAGCAGCAUGAAUAUACAGAGCCAACAUGCCAUCUCCCAGCAGUAUCAAAAGUACUGCCAGCUUUUCGAGAGAGUCCCAGCGGGAGGUUAAUGCGACAGGAUCCAGUUGUUCAUUUGUCUCCAAAUAAACAAGGGCACUCUGAUAGCCACUACUCAAGCCACUCCAGCAGCAAUACCCUCUCCAGCAAUGCCUCAAGCGUCCACAGUGAUGAGAAGUGGUAUGAUGGUGACCGCACUGAAUCUGAACUCAACAGCUACAACUACCUGCAAGGCACCUCAGCAGACAGUGGCAUCGACACCACCUCCUAUGGUCCCAGCCACGGCAGCACAGUGUCUUUGGGGGCUGCCACCUCGUCUCCUCGCUCGGGACCAGGCAAAGACAAAGUAGCACCUCUCUGGCAUAGUUCAAGUGAAGUGAUCUCGCUGGCAGAUCGGACUUUAGAGACAGAAAGCCAUGGCCUGGACCGGAAAGCAGAGUCCUCUCUGAGUUUGGACAUCCACAGCAAAAGCCAAGCCGGCUCCAACCCCUUGACUCGGGAGAACAGCACUUUCAGCAUCAAUGAUGCUGCUUCCCACACCAGUACAAUGAGCUCCCGACACUCUGCCAGCCCAGUUGUCUUCUCCAGUGCCCGAAGUUCACCUAAAGAAGAGCUUCAUCCUGCCACCACUUCACAGCUUGCACCUUCUUUCUCCUCCUCCUCCUCUUCUUCUUCUGGUCCCAGGACUUUCUACCCUCGCCAGGGCGCUACCAGCAAGUACCUCAUUGGAUGGAAAAAACCGGAAGGAACCAUCAACUCAGUGGGAUUUAUGGACACACGAAAGCGUCACCAGAGUGAUGGUAAUGAAAUAGCCCACACCAGGCUCCGUGCCUCAACCAGGGACCUUCGGGCAUCCCCUAAGCCAACCUCCAAGUCCACUAUUGAGGAAGAUCUCAAGAAACUCAUCGAUCUUGAAAGCCCAACUUCGGAAUCCCAGAAGAACUUCAAGUUCCAUGCGCUAUCCUCUCCUCAGUCUCCUUUCCCCAGCACCCCAACCUCACGACGGGCCUUGCACAGAACGCUGUCAGAUGAGAGCAUCUACAGCAGCCAGCGGGAGCACUUCUUCACCUCUAGGGCAUCCCUUCUGGACCAGGCCCUUCCUAACGAUGUCCUCUUCAGCAGCACCUACCCUUCUCUGCCCAAGUCUCUUCCUUUGCGGAGACCUUCUUACACCUUGGGGAUGAAGUCGCUGCAUGGAGAGUUCUCGGCCUCGGACAGCUCUCUCACCGAUGUCCAGGAGUCACGGAGGGUGCCCAUGCCUGACCCUGGGCUGAUGCCCUUGCCUGAUGCUGCUGCAGAUUUGGAUUGGUCCAACCUGGUGGACGCUGCCAAGGCCUAUGAGGUCCAGAGAGCCUCGUUCUUUGCUGCUAGUGAUGAAAACCAUCGCCCCCUGAGUGCUGCAUCCAACAGUGACCAGCUGGAGGACCAGGCUCUGGUACAGAUGAAGUCGUACAGCAGCAGUAAAGAUUCCUCUCCCACCCUGGCCUCUAAAGUGGACCAACUGGAAGGUAUGCUGAAGAUGCUUCGGGAAGAUCUGAAGAAGGAAAAGGAAGACAAGGCCCACCUGCAAGCAGAAGUGCAGCACCUGCGAGAAGACAACCUGCGGCUGCAGGAGGAGUCCCAGAAUGCAUCCGACAAGCUGAAGAAGUUCACUGAGUGGGUUUUCAACACCAUAGACAUGAGCUAGGGGCGCUGCGGGGGGGGGGGGGGGGCAGUCGCCAAGGUAGGGGUGCCUCCCAAUCAUCUCAGAACAUUGCCCCUCCUUUACUUCCUCCCCAUGCCGCCCCCUUCCCAGGGAGCUGACAAGAAUUGCAGAUCUACAAUCAUCAUCUGCCUUUUGUAGAAAAGAAAAACGAAAAAAAAAAAAAAAGCUAAUAAAAUUUCAAAAAGUGAAAUAAAAUUUUAACUGCUAAAA